CAUUUUUUUUUCUCAUCUCAUCUGCAAGCUUGCAUAAUUGUAGGGCCAGACAAUUUCAAUUGUUAACAAAAGAGCAGUUAAUAGCCAGUAGUAUUUAGACGUGUGUGAGUAUUUUGAAUCCGUUUAGGGUGUUGAGAUUUUAUUUGUUUUGAAAAAAGUUUUAACUCACGAUAUUCAGCAAAAAACAACAACUUUUGAAGUCAACCCGGAACGAACUUAAAGCUACAGUUAGCUACUAACUUUAUCUAGCCAAACGGACAAUUUCUAGCUACCUAACAUUAAGUUAAUUUGGUAACUAGCUACUUCAUUUGUUUCUUCGAAUGAAUGUUUCUUGCUCUUCUAUUAAAACGUUAAGUAUUCGGCUUCCUAGCAAGUUACAUGACAUAUGCAUAGUAAAAGCUAACAUGUACUAGCUAGCUUGCUGGCUGGCCAACGCCUUUUUCCCCUUUUUUUGCCCCCUUUAUGCUCGUCGUCGCACAAAUGUAGUUUGGAAACGUGUCGUAGUUAACAUGGACCAGAAUUCUGCGGCAAGCGUUUGACAGACACAACAGUACAACUUUGUAGCUAGAAUUAGAAUGUCAUUCCGUCUUUUUUACUAAACGUUUUUUCCAUUUGGAUAACUUGUCAAAAGCCAGGUAGCUUUCCAGCUUUACAUUAUCAUAGUAUUUAGGAUUUACCUGCUGGGAUCAAAAUGGGUUGCACACUAAGUGCCGAAGAUAAAGCUGCCAUGGAGAGGAGUAAAAUCAUUGAUCGGAAUCUGAGAGAAUCUGGCGAAAAGGCUUCAAGUGAAGUCAAAUUGUUGCUUCUAGGUGCUGGGGAGUCUGGGAAGAGCACCGUUGUAAAGCAGAUGAAAAUCAUCCAUGAGGAUGGCUACACACAGGAGGAGUGUAGCCAGUACAGGGUUGUGGUUUACAGCAACACCAUCCAGUCCAUCAUCGCCAUCAUCAGAGCCAUGGGCAGGCUCGCCAUUGACUUUGGGGACACAGCAAGAUCAGAUGAUGCCCGCCAGCUCUUUACCUUGGCCAGCGCAGCAGAGGAAGGGGUCAUGACCGCUGAACUGGCUGGGGUCAUGAAGAGGUUAUGGCAGGAUGGAGGGGUCCAGAUCUGCUUUGGCAGGUCCAGAGAGUACCAGCUCAACGACUCAGCCUCAUAUUACCUGAAUGACUUGGACAGGAUAUCCCAGCAGAACUAUGUGCCCACGCAGCAGGAUGUUCUGCGGACAAGAGUCAAGACCACCGGCAUCGUGGAGACACACUUCACAUUCAAGGACCUCUACUUCAAGAUGUUUGAUGUGGGGGGUCAGAGGUCAGAGAGGAAGAAGUGGAUCCACUGCUUUGAGGGAGUCACAGCCAUCAUCUUCUGUGUGGCGCUCAGUGACUAUGACCUAGUGCUGGCUGAGGAUGAGGAGAUGAACCGUAUGCAUGAGAGCAUGAAGCUAUUUGACUCUAUCUGCAACAACAAGUGGUUCACAGGCACCUCCGUCAUCCUCUUUCUCAACAAGAAGGAUCUGUUUGAGGACAAGAUCCAGAAGAGUCCGCUCACUAUCUGCUACCCAGAGUACUCAGGUCCAAAUGCAUACAAAGAGGCGUCAACCUACAUUCAGUGUCAGUUUGAAGACUUGAACAAGCGGAAGGAUACAAAGGAGAUCUACACCCAUUUCACUUGUGCUACUGACACUAAGAACGUGCAGUUUGUCUUUGACGCUGUCACUGACGUCAUUAUCAAAGCCAGCCUGAAGGAGGUUGGCUUGUACUGAGACUCCUGCAACAUCUGUCUGUCAUCAUAGGGGCGGGAGUGUGUUGGAAUCGUCUUGCGCAUUUACAAGUGGAAAUCGCUCAUUGCCAUUGACAGUCCACAUCUAUGAUUGGCUAUUGGAAAGGUUCAGUGUUUGAACUGCAGAAGUAGGCUGCAGAGUACAUAGGAGUGGUUGUUAGACCAUAUACUGUUGCCAUAAUGUAUGAUGAAUUCUUGGAUAUUUCAAGACAAGAUUACAUAGGCCACUUAUGUGCUUUUGCUUUUCUAUACAUUUACAUUUAAGUCAUUUAGCAGACGCUCUUAUCCAGAGCGACUUACAAAUUGGUGCAUUCACCUAUACUUUUGUUGUGGAUUUAUGGCUAUGGACUUACUUUUUAAGUUGUGAGUGUUGGAUUUCUCAUUUUUGAAUGUUAUUGCUAAAUUUCUGUCAAACCUUUCAAACAUUCUGCACUUAGGCUUUCAGCGUUCACUUUAAAGGGAUAAAAGGUAUUAAUUACAUUGUAUAUUUUGAAUAGGAUAUCAACUAUUAUGCAUUUUAUGAGUUUUGAUAAUUGUCUUUUAUAACUAAGUCUUUCUUACAGUAUAAAUGGUCAUGGCCUUGUCCACUAGUGUUAAGUAUUUCUAAUUAUCUCUUGGAAAUGUUAAUAUGCUGAAUUCUUUUUGUUUUAAUUCAUCACUAUUCAGAUCGUUACAUAACACUUAAGUAGUUUACUGGCUGUAAACCAACUGUAAGAGAUUAAUUUUCAAAUUAUAUCACUUGAUGUUUUAAACCACUUUUAAAGAAUAAGCUUUUGUAAUGGUUGCCUUAACUUUGAUUAUGUUGCCCAUUUUCUUUGGAUUAUCUUUGUAUAUAACUAUUUGUAUAAAGAUGAUGGCCUUUCACUUAGUGGCCUUAUUAGAAACUAUAAGUAUUUGCCAUUGAAAUGCUCCUUUUUAUGUUAAUCACAUUGCCAUUUGGACAUUUAACAUGAAUGUUCCUUUGAUUAAAUUGAAUGUGGGCCA